UCUCAGCAAACACCUCGUGCUUUUCGUGAGGCAGCCAUGGCGAGCAACUCGCAAAAAGCAGAUAAAAAUAGAAAUAAAAGCAAAAAGAUGGAGAAUGAAGCUUCAGAAAAUCCUCCAUUUUCCGACAAAACAGAUUUGGCUCCUUCUGAGGACUCGCAGUCCCUUUUCAAGACUGAACCACUGGAAAAGGUUGUAAAUGAGAUCAGCAAAGAAAUUAAUAAUUUGCUAUCAAAAUAUGCUGACACUAUAAGUGCAGGAAUAGCAUUGGAUUCUUCUUAUGUCCAGGAACUCGAUGAGAUCCUAAAAGAAGCCAGGGCCAUUGAAAAGCACUUAAAGCAGAAAAGGGAGAAGCUGAAACAGAGGUUCUCUGUCAUUGCCAAUAGUCUGCAAAGCUAA